UCUAAAACCGUAAGAAAAAUUAAGCAAAGAUGACUCUAUACAUCUUUUCACGAAGACCAUGGGAAGCCUAAUGGUUUUGGAUUCGACUACGGAGGAUUCUAUUUUCAGUAGGAGAGGGAGGGGCUAAAAGUUCCGCAGUUUCCUUCCUGCUUGAACCUUGUGCUUGAAUUUUGAAGCUUUGAUGUGUUGAAAUUCUGCAUACCCUUUAGCAACAGGAAAGAAAAUUCAAUAAAAAGCGAUUCAAGCAUGAGUUGGAUAAGGGAUUGGUUUCGCUGGUGCCCUACUUCAGAUGAGCUGAUAGAACAAGCAGAAAAGAAGCUCUUGUCUUAUGUAAAGAGCAGCUAUGAAUUAGAUUUUGUUACUGUUACACACACCAACAAAAAUAAGGAAGAAGAAUGCAAAAUUAGAUCCUUAAUUGUUCACAAAAAGUCAGAGAAGACUGCUACUCCACUGGUGCUUCUUCAUGGUUUUGCUUCUGGUUCUGCAUUGUGGGUUUUAAACAUUGAUAGUUUAUCACAAAAUAGACCUUUGUAUACUCUUGAUCUUCUUGGAUUUGGACGAAGUUCAAGACCUGUGUUCAGUUCUGAUCCUGAAAUAGCUGAGUCGCAGUUUGUUGAUAGCAUAGAACAAUGGAGAAAGAAAGUUCAUCUUGAUAAUUUCAUACUAUUAGGCCAUAGUAUGGGUGGCUUUAUCGCAGCAUCUUAUGCAAUAAAGUAUCCAGAUAAAGUUAAGCAUUUGAUUCUGGCAGAUCCUUGGGGGUUUCCAGAACCAGACAUGACUGUAAGGAGAAUAGAAAUACCACUUUGGGUUAAAGUUAUUGCUGCAAUGAUAAGGCCUUUUAACCCAUUAGCUGGACUAAGGGUUGCUGGACCUUUAGGUCCGCAACUAAUUCAGCGUUUGAGACCUGAUUUAAUGGGCAAAUUUCAACCUUUAAUUGAAGAUAUAUCUGACGUCUCAAAUUAUAUAUACCAUUGCAAUGCUCAGACUCCUAGUGGAGAAACAGCUUUCAAAGCAAUGAAUGCACACUAUGGAUGGGCAAAAAGGCCGAUGAUAAGUAGAAUAUUCCAACUGAGACAUGAUAUUCCUAUCACUUUUAUCUAUGGAUCAAGAUCUUGGAUUGACAGCAAUUCUGGUCUUCAAAGUGCUGAGCUCCGCAGAACUUCAUGCGUAAAAGUAAAGCUGAUUCAAGGAGCUGGACAUCAUGUCUAUGCCGAUAAAGUUCAUGAGUUUAACAAAUUAGUUUCUACAAUAUGCAAAGAUGCUGAUGAUGAAUGCUCUGACGUGAAAUCACUUAAAGAAGAAUCCCCUAAAAGUUGCAUGCAAGAAGCUGCGCUUACUGAAAACAACAGUGACAGCCCAUCUUAUGACAAAUCAGAAGUAUCUGUUGCAUAAUGAACUAUGUACUUUGUAUUUAUUUGUAAAUAUGUGUAAAAUAUGGCAUAAUAAAUUUUAAAUGGAGACUA